CACUAGCUCAGCCAGCUUCUUGUCAAGGCCUCGACCAAGGUUUACUUACCCCUCACCGGGAAAGCAUCGCGACAAUCAACCAAGAAGCUUCCCAUGUCCGAAACAGCCAUGAUGAAAUGUCCAGAGUCAUAUACCGGAAUUAGAAUCAGCAUCGGCAAUUCGUGCCGUGAGAUUGGGAACAGGUCUUGGUAACUCAGGGUCUGAAGUGACGUAGGCAGAACCCCUGUAAAGUGGGAGAUGACGAAAGAGGGGGGGAUGCAGAUGUUGGCACCUUUGGUGAGAUCGAAUGGAUCUGCCGGUCUUAUUUCUCCAUUCUGUAAGGAGACUUGAACAAAGUUGGAAAUGGUUCGUUAUUAUUAGCUGCGGCUUGAGAGGUAUAAGAAGGACGGAAUGUCGCUGCUUGAUUGAGUUCAUUAUCACAUCAAACUACUUCACUUACAUCUACAACCCAAAUCAACACACUCAACUCACAAUGGAUUUCGUCAAGAACGCUAUGUCUGGUGGCUCCAAGUCUGGUGAUGCCUCCAAGAGCGGCAGCAACAACCAGGAGGACUACGUCGAUAAGGGUGUUGAUUUCCUCAACAAGAAGGUCGGUAUGAACAUCUCCCGCGACAACCAGGAGAAGGCCACCGACUUUGCCCGCAGCCAGUACGAGAAGUCAACUGGCAACAAGGUCGACCCCAAGAUCUCUAACUAGAGGGAUAAUAUUUAAUGAUGGAAGCUCAAAUAGUGAGCAUGAAUUAAUAUGACAUAAUUACUUCGAUUCAAUGGGUCUAGAGUGACAUCCAAGGUUAACGUCAAUCACCAUCAUGGAGCAUCGUAGAUCAAACUCCUGCGAAUCAUCAAUCCACAAAAUAAACGAAUCUGAGGGAUUGUUUCACUUCGAUACGAAAUGCUUACUCGCUUAGGAAUUUAGUCCUCUUCUCCAACUCAAACCCUUGUUUCAACAUGCGAUCUAACGAUCAGAAGCAAGUUUACUGUCUCAGGUUGAAUCAAAAGUGUUAAUCAC